CAGCAGGGACAGACUCGUCAAUCUCUCGCCACAAACCGACUCCACCCGGACCCGGGUAUAAAUACACGCCCGCCUCCAAUUCUCCACUACGGAUCCAAAUUCCAAACCGCGCGAACUUCUGCCGCUCAAAAUUCCAAAUCGUCCUGACUACCCGCGCUUCCCAUAAUCCUAUCCCGCCCGCGCGGCCCCUCUCGGGAUUCAAACGCCAGCCGUUUGUCCUCUCAAACCCGAUCGGAUCUGACCGCCCUCCCAGGCCGUAACAGGAUCCCGUCGGUCAUGGCCGUGAUAAACGGGCGCUCGAAGCGUGUUCGGGUGACGGCGGUGCCGCGCCCUCUGGAGCUGCGGUCGUUCCCGGCCGCCGGAGAGGGGCCGCGCCCGCUGGUCCUGCUGUCGUUCCCGGCCGCCGGAGAGGGGCUGCCGCCGCGUGGUGCGUUUCGCGACUGUGUACGGUCGUUCCUGGCUGGAUCCGCGGUGCCGGCGGACGGCGCGUGGCAGGUAGCCUUUGGAGUCGGGAACGGGGUGGUCGUGGUGAUGGAGGUGGUGGAAGAGGACGUCGCUAAAACUGGGAUCGAGCGGAUCUACUGCGAUCACUGUACCGUCGCCGAUGCCAAUCGGUAAGCAAAUUCUAUCAAACGAGAUGAUGAUUGUUAUGGCCGGAGAAUCUCAAUACCAUCGCCUUUUCUUUUACAAUUUAAUAGGCUGGAGUAGACACCCUGUUUGUGGAAGGAGGUACCAUUUCAUAAUUCGGAAUGAAUACAAAACCUGCAAGCAUUGUGACCAUUGUGGUCUUAUGGCCCAGUCGUUUGGAACACGGUGCCCGACAUGCAAAUAUGUGAUCUCCUCUGAUGAUCCGGAAGAUUGGGACUAUAGGCAGUUGGAUAAUCCACGUCACUUGCUGCAUGGUAUUGUACAUGACAAUGGGUUUGGUCACCUUGUUCGGAUAAAUGGCAGAGAGGGUGGCUCUAGUCUUCUGACGGGGAUUCAACUGAUGGGUUUCUGGGAUUGGCUCUGCAGAUACCUUAGAGUCAGAAAGGUCUCCUUGAUGGAUGUCUCUAAGAAGUAUGAAACAGAUUACCGGAUCUUACAUGCCAUCACUACUGGUCAUUCAUGGUAUGGCCAAUGGGGAUUCAAACUCAACAAAGGGAGCUUUGGAAUUACAUCAGAAGAAUACUUAAAAGCUAUGGACAACCUUUCCUUAACUCCAUUAUCACACUUCUUCCCGCACUCCCGAUAUCCUCGAAACCAGCUACAAGAUACCAUUUCAUUCUACCGAUCUCUUUCAAAGCAACCUCUCACCACAAUUCGUGAACUGUUCCUCUAUGUGCUGGGCCUUGCCACCAGCAAGAGUUCAAAUAUGCACUAUGGAUCAAUGCAUAAGGAGCACUCACAUACCCAUGUGCAAGACACAUGGCCUGACGAGGAAAUAAAACGUGCAACAGAAAUUGCUAUAAAGGUUCUUCGUGCUGUUGAGAAAACAAGGUGGGUGACCAUGCGAAUCCUAAAGGCAGCCAUGUACCAUUCAAUUGGUUCACCGCAGCUAGUGGACUACUGCCUCAAGACCCUUGGUACUAGAACAAUUGAUGGAAUGAUGGUUGCAGUUCGAUGCAACAGCGAUACUAACACCCUAGAGUACAGGCUUAUGGAUGAACCCAUCGUUCUGCCCAAUGUAUCCAUGCCAACUCAAGACCAUCUUCGCCGUGACAUAAAGUUCUUGCAUGAUGCUCUCCUCCACCCACAUACAAUGCAUCCAUACAAACCGGAAAACUGUUAUGAGCAUGGCAAGAGGUCUGCCAUGGUCCUUUUGGACUGCAAGCAAUUCACAAAGCACUAUGACCUGGAACAGGAGUUCUUGCCUCAAAACCCAUCCAUGUUGCACCUGUGGUGUCAAGUAGAGGUGUUAGACCAGGUUGGCGAUCCACCUUGCAUACCACCAGAGCUCCUAACUCUUCCGCAGACAGCAACUGUGUCUGAUCUGAAGGUGGAGGCAACCAGAACAUUCCGUGGCAUCUAUCUAAUGUUGCAUUCCUUUGUAGCCGAUCGGCUUGUUGACUGUGGAACGGCAAGUGAGUCAACUCAACUAAAGCUCUUGUUUGGGGCAAAUGGAACUGUUCGCGUCCAAGGCAGGUGUGCCAGUGGUGAACGCAGGGUUGGGAUUUACCGGAUGGAGAGAGGCGUGGAUAAAUGGACAGUGCGUUGCUCUUGUGGAGCCAAGGAUGAUGAUGGUGAGAGGAUGCUGUCUUGUGACUCUUGCCAUGUGUGGCAGCACACUAGGUGUGUUGGGAUUAGUGAUUUCGAUCAGGUGCCCAAGAAAUAUGUAUGUAACUCAUGUAAAUUACUUAACAAGCGUAAGAGCAGAGGUCACGGACCAGUUUAUAACAUUGGCCCAAGCAAAAGAUUCAAGAUUGGCGCAGGUGGCUUUAGCUCUAGGUGGGGGAUUUUUUUGAGGCCUCCAGCUGACAUGUAAAUAUCAAUAAAAUGACAGUGAGUUUGUAUGAGAUACCGGUUUGUGGAUGUUAA